CCGGCCGCGCGCUGAGCCAGGCAGCAGGUGGUGACGUGGGUGCUGGGGGGCGCCGGCUGGGACGGGGGAUUGUGCACAGACACACCAUGGCCGGAGCCCUGCCCGGCCCCGCUCUCCUGCUCUUCGCCGCCCUGGCCCUCUCCGCCCGGGCCGACGAGUUGCUGGCCAGCACCCGAGUGGGGCGGGUGCGGGGCCUGCGGGUGCCCGUCCUCUCGGGCCAGGUCUCCGCCUUCCUGGGCAUCCCAUACGCCGAGCCGCCCGUGGGCAGGCUGCGGUUCCGCCGGCCGGAGCCCAAGCGAGCCUGGAGCGGGCUGCUGGACGCCGGCGCCUACCGCCACGCCUGCUACCAGUACGUCGACACCCUCUACCCCGGCUUCCCCGGCACGGAGAUGUGGAACCCCAACCAGGAGAUGAGUGAGGAUUGCCUGUACCUCAACCUCUGGGUGCCCUCCCCGCGCCCCAAAAACGCCACCGUGCUGGUCUGGAUCUACGGCGGCGGCUUCUACAGCGGCUCUGCCUCGCUGGACGUCUACGACGGGCGCUACCUGGCCUACGCCGAGCAGGUGGUGGUGGUCUCCAUGAACUACCGGGUGGGGGCCUUCGGCUUCCUGGCCCUCUCGGGCAGCCAGGAGGCGCCGGGCAACGUGGGGCUACUGGACCAGCGGCUGGCCCUACAGUGGGUACAGAGCAACAUCCAUUUCUUCGGGGGCAACCCCAAGGCGGUGACCAUCUUCGGGGAGAGCGCCGGGGCCGCCUCGGUGGGCAUGCACCUGCUCUCGCCCGGCAGCCGCUCGCUCUUCCGCCGCGCCAUCCUGCAGAGCGGGGUGCCCAACGCCCCCUGGGCCACCGUGCCCCCGGCCGAGGGCCGGCGCCGGGCCGCCCAGCUGGCCAAGCUGGUGGGCUGCCCGCCGGGCAAUGACUCGGAGCUGGUGGCCUGCUUGCGGGACAAGACCCCGCAGGAGCUGAUCGACCAAGAGUGGCAGGUGCUGCCCCACCAGAGCGUCUUCCGCUUCUCCUUCGUGCCGGUGGCCGACGGGGACUUCUCCGGCGAGGUGCCCGAGGCCACGCCGGGCACCGGCGGCUUCAAGGAGACCCAGGCGCUGGUGGGGGUGGUGCGGGACGAGGGCACCUACUUCCUGAUCUACGGGGCGCCCGGCUUCAGCAAGGACAACGAGAGCCUGAUCAGCCGGGAGGACUUCCUGGGCGGGGUGCGCAUGGGGGUGCCCCAGGCCAACGAGCUGGCGGCCGAAGCCGUGGUGCUGCAAUACACCGACUGGCUGGACCAGGACAACCCGGUGAAGAACCGGGAGGCCAUGGACGACAUCGUGGGGGACCACAACGUCAUCUGCCCCGUCACCCACUUUGCCCUGCGGCUGGCUGAGCGGGGCGCCCGGGUCUACACCUACUUCUUCGACCACCGCGCCUCCAACAUGCUCUGGCCCCCCUGGAUGGGGGUGCCCCACGGCUACGAGAUCGAGUUCGUCUUCGGCCUGCCCCUCGACCCCGGCCUCAACUACACGGCCGCGGAGGCCGCCCUCAGCCGCCGCAUGAUGCGCUACUGGGCUAACUUCGCCCGCACUGGGGACCCCAAUGAGGCAUCGGAGCGGGGGGUGCGCUGGCCCCCCUACACCCCGCAGCAGCAGCAGUACGUACAGCUGAACCCGCGCCCCCUGGCUGUGGGGCAGGGGCUCCGGGCCCAGGUCUGCGCCUUCUGGAACCGCUUCCUGCCCAAGCUUCUCAACAUCACUGAUAACAUCGAGGAGGCCGAGCGGCAGUGGCGGUUGGAGUUUCACCGCUGGAGCGCGUACAUGGGCCACUGGAAAAGCCAGUUCGACCACUACAGCCGACAGGACCGGUGCUCCGAGCUGUGAGGGGGCGGCCCCCGACAGCCCCCCAACCCCUCACAGCCCCCCGGACAGCCCCCCAACCUCUCAUAGCCCCUCCGACAGCCCCCCAACCACUCACAGCCCCCCCGACAGCCCCCAACCCCUCACAGCCUUCCCGACAGCCCCCCCAACCGCUCACAGCCCCCCCCGACAGCCCCCCAACCCCUCACAGCCUCCCCCAACAGCCCCCCCAACAGCCCCCCACCUCCUGACAGCCCCCCACCGCUGCUCCAAGCGGUGAGAGGGCAGCCCCCGACAGCCCCCAACUCCUCCCAACCCCCCCACAGCCCUGCACCUCCUCCUGACAGCCCCCCACCGUUGCUCCAAGCUGUGAGGGGGCGGCCCCCCCGAUAGCCCCACAACCGCUCACAGCCCCCCCGACAGCCCCCCAACCGCUCACAGCCUCCCCCGACAGCCCCCCAACCCCUCACAGCCUCCCCCAACAGCCCCCCCAACAGCCCCCCACCUCCUGACAGCCCCCCACCGCUGCUCCAAGCGGUGAGAGGGCGGCCCCCGACAGCCCCCAACCCCCCACCUCCUCCCAACCCCCCCACAGCCCUCCACCUCCUCCUGACAGCCCCCCACCGCUGCUCCGAGAUGUUAAGGGGCGGCCUCCUGCCAACCCCACACCCCUCACCCCACACCUAUCCCCUCCCACCGGACUGUGCAAUCUGAGACACUGCCCCCCCAGUCUAAGGUGUGUGUGUGUGUGUGUGUGUCCCCGUAUCUGUAUAUAACGGUUAUUUAAGGGAUUUGUGAGAAAUAGAAAAAUAUCUAUAUUAUAUAUUCAGCACCCUGAGUCACUGCCCGUGAGCCCCGCGCUGCCCCUGACCGCUCCCCACACUGACCCCCAAUGCCUAGGCCCCCAACCCCUCCACGCGCUGUCCCCCCAACCCUCCAUCCCUCCUCAUACUAACCCCCAACUCCCCAAACACCCCUUCAUCCCCCCAAUGUUCCCUCCUGCAGCCCCCCCAACCCCCCAUCUAUAUUAGCUGGGUCCUACAGCUGCUCCCCCCGACUGUCCCCCAAGUCUCCUGCCCCACCCCUACCUCCCCUUAAACCCACCCUUGCCCCAGGUCAGGACUCCCCCAGCAGCCCACGACCCACCCUUCCCUGAAGCCUCAGCGGGAAGCUGCAUCAACAAGUGGGGGGCUGCUCGGAGCCCACCCCCCCAACAACCUGCAUGGCCACCACGCGCAGCCCUCCGGGCCCGACCUGUGUGUGAACCGUCCAAUAAAGGAAUUAAAGACA